AUGCUCCACUUACAGGGUCCACAGAUGCUGCAGAUGCUAGAAAAAUACUUAAGGAAGAGCCUCCCUGAGUCCUUAAAGGUUUAUGGGACCACCUUCCACAUGAACCAGGGAAACCCUUUCAAGCUACAGGCCCUGGUGGACAGGUGGCCUGAUUUUAAUACAGUGGUUAUCCGCCCUCAGGAGCAGGAGAUGACAGAUGACCUUGAUCACUACACCAAUACUUACCAAGUCUACUCCAAGGACCCUAAGAAAUGUCAGGAAUUCCUUGGUUUGCCGGAAGUCAUCAACUGGAAGCAACAUUUGCAGAUUCAAAGUUCACAGUCCAGCCUGGAUGAUGUGAUAAACAAUCUUGCGGCUAUUAAAUUGGGCAAGGUGAAGCGAACACAGUGCUUUCUCUAUAUGGUCUCUGAGACAACAAAGAAGUUGGCUACUUCCUUGCUGGAUGAAAAAAACGUAUCACCCAAUGGUGAUAAAUACAAGUCCAUCCAUCAAAAGGUGUUGAAACUCUCAUCCCUGGAUCCUACCCACGCUGCCUUGGUGAAUAAAUUCUGGCAUUUUGGUGGCAAUGAGAGGAGCCAGCGGUUCAUCGAGCGCUGUAUCCGGACCUUCCCCACCUUCUGCCUGCUGGGGCCUGAGGGGACCCCUGUAUCCUGGGCCCUAAUGGACCAGACAGGAGAGCUGCGGAUGGCAGGCACCAUACCUGAGUACCGGGCCCAGGGCCUCAUCACCUACCUCAUCUAUGUCCAGGUUCAGGCUCUAGACAAACUUGGCUUCCCCAUGUAUUCCCAUGUAGAUAGGGCCAAUCACAUCAUGCAAAAACUGAACUUCAAGCUGCAGAAUAUCUCUGUGUCCAGUGACUGGAACCAGUGGAACUUUGUGCCUCUGUGA